UCCAAGGGAAGGCCGACUUAGAGGGAAAGUUUCUCGAGGCUUCUUACACGUGUUCCCUCUCUUCUGCUCAGCAUCUGCCUACCUGGAUACAAAAUGAUUUGUCCACAUAGCAAUCGUGCCUCUCCCAUUUCAGCGUUUACACCGGACGUCCCUGUAAAGAGCUGCCUGCCGGCUGCCCUUCCCCAGCUGCCGGAUGCCCUUCAGGCCAGGUGGAGCGGAGAGCCGACCCUGCUGGUCAUGCCGAACCCUUCUGAUGGCUGUCCCCUGAGGUCAAGACUGGGUCUCCUCCCUUCUCCCACGUUACCAAUGCCUGGUCUCAUGGGGUUAGUUUUGAACCUAACACGAUGGCCUCAUCCACCCCCCUCCCGGCUUCUGGCUCCAGGUCUAAGAAGCCUUUGGCCAAGAUGGCUGGUUGGCUCAGGCAGGCGCUGUCCAAGAAGCCCAAGGAGAUGCCUGUGUCCCAGGAAACCGCCUCCAGUCAUGCUCCACCCCGGCGCGCGGAUGAUCCCCCAUCCCCAGGCCCCAGCUCCUCUGCAUCGGCUGAGUCUUCUGCUGCCCUGCCACCUGCACUGGAGAGCGCCUCCGGCAGCAGCAGUGGUGGGGGCGCCUCCUGCAGCAGCAGUGGUGGGGGUGCAGCCAGCAGCAGCAGUGAUGGGGGUGCCCCCAGCAGCAGCAGUGGCCGCUGGAGCAGGGACUACGACGUGUGCGUGUGCCACAGCGAGGAGGACCUGGCGGCUGUGUACAACUGA